CUCAGACGCUGAGAUACAGAGUUAAUUUCGCAACACACUUAAUUUGCUAAGGUUUAUACGAACUAUCACAAAACAAUAGGAUUCUGGGUUUGAUCCAGAGGCUAAUAGAUCCUCGAAAGUGUGUCCUUUUUCUCAUCUUGCCUCCCAAAAUUCUUCCUUUUUUCCGAUCCCGAUCAUAAAGGAAGGAGUUAUUCGAAGUUUGGUCUGUAAGCAUCCCUAACACACGCAGCGUUGUUUACGGAGACAUCCACUUCUUAUAUAUGGAUUUCGAUGAUCCGAUGCUGCUCCUGAGUUCCUGGAUUGGCCAAAUUGGUGAUCUUGGUCUUGAUUUGCUAUGGCGUUUCAUACACAUUGUUGUAAGCUUAUGGCAUAUUGUCUCUGGCAUCUUUGAGGCAAUCGAAAGCUAUGCGAUAUCAUUUGGAUUGAUUCAAAAGUACAAUUCCAUCGAUCUUGAGAAGCUCCGGUGUCUAGCUGUUGUGGUGGACAUCGAAGUAGCUCGAGAUGUUUCCAAGGUCAUUGAGCUUUUGCAAUGGCUAACGACCAUUGGGGUGAAACAAGUUGGCCUCUUUGACUCGCAAGGUUUAUUGAAGAAAUCCAAGGAUAUGAUCCUUGAAAUGGUUCCGGGUUCGAUGUUGUUACAGGAGACUGGUGAAAAUAUUUUUUCGCCUGAUCGAGAGCGCAUUGCUAUAGAAUUCAUUUCGUCUUCCGACAAUAAAGAAGCUGUUGUGAAAGCAGCCAACAUACUACUUCAGAAACACUUGAUAUCCAACCAUCCCGAGAACGAUAAAGGGGAAAACGUUUUUACAGAGUCUCAUUUGAACGAAGCAUUAAGAGUUGUUGGUGAGAAUGUACACGUGCCUGAUCUCUUGCUAGUUUAUGGACCUGUAAGGAGCCACCUUGGUUUCCCUGCUUGGAGACUUCGAUACACUGAGAUAGUACAUAUGGGAUCUUUGAAGCAUAUGAGGUAUGGUUCCCUUUUGAAGGCAAUCCACAAAUUCACAUGGGUGCGCCAAAACUAUGGGGCUUGAUGGUGAUGGUCCGGGCGCAGAUGGGUUAUAGAGAGCAGAGCUUCAGAAAUGAAAUUUUGGUUUGUGAUUGACAUAUUUAUCGUUCAAAGGAGACACUUAUUGGAGAGCUUAAUAUUCAGUGCUGCCGCCUUUGUUGCCAUUGUUCAUUUCCUGUUCUGACAAUUCUAUGUUACAGAUUCAUUACCCAAACGACAUAUGCGUUA